AGAACAGAAUCAAGUGUUUAGUUAUAUUGUGAUUUAAAAAGUUUAGUUCUUCUGAAGAAUUUGAAAGAAUCGGUCAUAAUGAAGAUUUCAAUACUUUGUUUAAUUGUUCUCGUCACAUGGAACUCUUCAGAAUGUUGGGCAAAAUCUAUCAACCCGUUGGGAAAGCAGACCGAUUUGAAUUCGAUUGAAUCUUUACGAAUUGAAGCAGCUAAUAUAAAGCAACAAAAUAUUGAAGAAUUAUCUUCGAAAUCGAAGGAUAUAGUUAGAGCAACAUAUACAAACAUCAAUAAUGUUCUUAAAAACGUUAAACUUAUGACUAAAAAAGCUACUGAAAUCAUUACAAAUUCGACUCGAAAGAUGGAACAUAAAGGAAAUGCUAUAAAAAACGAGACAAUUACUGAGAUACAGAUGGCAUCUAAAAAUAUGACAUCGACGUAUUCUACAAAUAUUAAUGACGCAGUUAAUAAAGUUAAACUUAUGACUAAGAAAGCGAAAGGGAUCAUUGAAAAGUUAGUCACAAACGUAGAUACUGAAGGUAAUUCUAUAAAAGAAAAAACAAUCAAUGAUUUGAGACUACAAUCAACAAAUCUUACUUCUAUAUUUAAUGAUAACAUUAGAAACUCAAUACAAAGAGCAAAGCUUGCGAUUAAAGCAGCAAAUAACACUGUUGUAAAUAAUAUAAACGAAUUAGGUAAAUUAACAAUUGAAAAAAUCCAAGGAAAAGCGAAUGCUGCAAAACUUGAUGUGCAAAAUCGUAUUGAUGAUAUGAAACAGGGCUUAGAUUCUGACUUAUUACAAAAAAAAAAUAAAGUUUAUGAUGAUGUAGUAAAAAAAGUAAAGACCGCAAAGAUUGAACUUGAUUCUCACAAUAACGAAUUAAUAGGUCAACUGGAUUCUAAGAAAAAUGAAAUUAUUAAUGAAAUAAUAAAAAACAAUAAUAGCACUAAAUUCAAAGAAGAGUUAAGUGAAAUAAAAAAGGAAUUUAUAGAAAAGCUGGAUGCUGAGCUAGAAGAAACAAAGAAAUCAUAUUUGCAGGAAUUAAAAGAAACAGUAACGGACGAAACUGCUGCGCAAGUGAAUAGUGCUAAAGAAAGCUUUAAAACUGAAAAGGAAAAGUACAGCAUACUCUUGAGAGGAGAAAAAGAAACAUAUGUGAAUGAAUUGAAAGAUUUGAAAAAUGUAAUCGAGAAAGAGCUAAAGACAAUUACAUGUUGUAACUCAAAUAACGACACUAUGACUGAGAAGGCUCCAAGCGGUACAACUGUGGAGACUCCAACCGGUACAACUAAGACGGCUUUAGAAGUUGAAACUGAGGAGACUUCAACCGGUACAACUGUGGAGACUCCAACCGGUACAACUAAGAAGGCUUUAGAAGUUGAAACUGAGGAGACUUCAACCGGUACAACUGUGGAGACUCCAACCGGUACAACUAAGAAGGCUUUAGAAGUUGAAACUGAGGAGACUUCAACCGGUACAACUGUGGAGACUCCAACCGGUACAACUAAGAAGGCUUUAGAAGUUGAAACUGAAGAGAUUUCAACCGGUACAACUGUGGAGACUCCAACCGGUACAACUAAGAAGGCUUUAGAAGUUGAAACUGAAGAGAUUUCAACCGGUACAACUGUGGAGACUCCAGCCGGUACAACUAAGAAGGCUUUAGAAGUUGAAACUGAAGAGAUUUCAACCGGUACAACUGUGGAGACUCCAGCCGGUACAACUAAGAAGGCUUUAGAAGGUGAAACUGAGGAGACUUCAACCGGUACAACUGUGGAGACUCCAACCGGUACAACUAAGAAGGCUUUAGAAGUUGAAACUGAAGAGAUUUCAACCGGUACAACUGUGGAGCUAGAAAAUGAUGAUAUUGAUGAUGCUUUUGAUGAUUUUUUUCUACCAGAGGUCUCUAAGUAAAGUAAACUAAACAUCCUCUGAAGUAAGCCAAAAGUUAAGAAAAUUCGCUGCAUAACUUAAACGCCCAAAAACUACGAAUUUUUAUUUUUAAUUCCCAUAUUUUUAUACUGUCCCGGAAAAAAAAUUAUGGUUCUUUCAACAGCAAUAAUGUUGUGAAACAUUGUUGUAGUGAGUAGCCCAAUAUGUAGUAAAGGGUACUGCAUAUAUAGUACUGACGACUAAAUAUUGUAUUAAGUAUCGAGGACUGUAGUUGGCACUGUCACACGUGCGGUUAAGGUUAUUCCAAGUAGGAGUUGGCAUUUAUUUACUCCAACUUAUAGUAACCUCAUCUACAUCUAAUGUCGUAACAGCUAUAAUUUUUUUUUUCGUGUAUCUUAACUCUUGACGUCUCUCAGAUAUUACAUUGUCCGAAAUCACAUCAUCACGCCAAGUUUUUAUCAGCAUUUGUCAGAGAGCUGAUAGAAAAAUAAAUAUGAUUAAGUAGAUACAUUAAUAAUAAUCACAGCGAACAGAAUAAAGCAUUCAAUCAUAAACUUAUAAAAACAUAUGUAUGUUAUAAUUUAUGUAUAAUAUUAAAUGCAAGAGAAUAAACAAAGAAAUUUUAUUUUAGAAUAUAGUACCUUAUG